UUUUCCUUCCUUUAGGACAUUUUAAUCGGAUGCAUACACAGCGCGCCGUUGUUUAUCUCUCUCUGUGUGGUUACCCUCUGGUGAAGGCCUGGGGUUGAACCUCACUAUCUCAUGAAAUACAAAAGCUUUAAACCACUUCCUGUGUCACUGAGUGAAGCCCCAGUAAUGCAGACCAAUUCAUGCUAAUGUGUGCGAUGAAACGACCCCAUAUCUGUCCCUAAAACAAGCACAAAUGUUACCGUUGGCGAUUAAAUGAUACAUCUGCACGGUAACGUGAACAGGUUUAGCGCUGAUAUUGCGACGGUGGAAGUUGUCAUAUUUUAUGUCCGACCAAAUCUUUACGUGCUUUUUUUAAAAACAGAUUUAGAUUUAAGCGUAAAUCACCGCAUGGCGUAUUGGGGGGUUUGCGUCGUUUUUCUUCAAGAAUGGCACAUACGCUACAAUCUCAUCGCCUGUCAAGGAGAAGAAAAUAAAAACGCUAACUUCCGGUAAUAACUUUCAAAGUGAUGCUCUACUCUAAUCAAAAAAAUGCACCAAAAUAUUGUUUUGCAGUAUCCAGACUGUCUAUGGGGAAAGUAAAUCCAACAUUUGUGUGAUUAUUAUGGGUUAAAUGAACUCAUUAGAGUAUUGUUAUUUUUAUUAUUCACUAUUAUUUUGAAUGCAAGAACCAUCCUUUUCCGGAAUCGUUGUAACUAGCCACAGAUGGCUAACGCCAAGCUACAGCGAAGUACGUCGGUCGGCGGCGCUGACAGACGUUGACACAGAAAAGAUUUAUUCACGCAAAAACGAAACACAGCUCGACAACCCUCGUAUAAGGGAGAAGACGUCUCAUUUGUCGCCUCACGGGUGCGUCGGCCUUUCCCUGCUCCGAGGACUGAAACCCGGACGUCAGGCGGGGAUGGAUGAGUGCUCCACCGCGUAACCGCUGCCGUUGGAUUAGCGAAGUCUGCGUCCAGAUGACCUGUGAACGUCACUGUUCAACAUGAAGCCUGUCAACUAUCAAAGCAUGCCGUCGUCUGUGAACGGAGGACAUCCGGCUUUAGAUCAUGUACUCAGCACUCCAAACGUGCUGUGCAGUGAGAAAUAUGGAUUUGCUUCUACAGAUGCAGCAGUGUUCAAAAAGAAUAUGACUGAGCAUACAGGGACACGCUUUUAUUGUUUUUACUGCAACAACGUCUCGUUCAGUGAGGCAGAGUUAAACGCUCACCUGAAGCAACACACUGCAAAGUAUCCAUUCAAAUGUCCUCACUGUGGGCAGGGCUAUAUGAGGAGACUGUGCCUUGUGAAGCACAUUGACCGUUUACACAGUAAAGGCAUUAGUUAUGGACCCGCUAAGCCUGGAACAACAAAAAUUCCACAAAUUCCUGUCUCCAGUGCCUUACCAAGUAUGCGUUCUGCUGAUCCAUCACUACUUCGACCGGUCGUGCGAGUGACCGUACCCACCCCGAAUGUACCUGCGUUGCGACUUGGAAAAGAUGAACAGAAGGUGAAAACACUGGACACAAAUGUAUCAAAUGCCACUAAUGGUAAUACAGAACUUUUGUCUCCUUUGCAUGGACUCAUUCAGCAUAACAGAGCUUUAACAGUCUCUCUUCCAGAGGAAGUAACAAUCCCUGCUGGCUGUUUGGUUGAACUUGUUGAGGUGAAAACCGUCAACGGGACGAAGGAGCUCAAACUGAGGCUCGUCUCUCAACAAGAAAAAGAGUCUGUUAUUAAAGACACAAGGAGUGCGGUCUCUCUAAACAAUGCUUCGGGAAAGCAGCUUUCAUCCACAUUAAAUCAUCCGAACACAGUGAAAUCUUUGAGUUUGGGGGUGUGCACCGAUAACAGGAAACAGUAUGAAACCAAGACUGUGAAUGUGGAGCAUCCUGCUGUUGUCCCAGUCAGUAUUUCCAAAAACCUCCCUAAUCAUAUUAACAAAGACAAAAGUGGACUGAAAAGAACAUCACAAGAAAUAAUCAACCUGGAAUGUCACACUGUCAUACCAAACAAAGUUGCCAAAAGCAUCCUCAGUCCUGCAAGAGAAGGAAAUGGUGGGAUCAAAGUUGCACAGAGAGAACCUGUGAACCAUAACGUUGCUCCGCUCACUGUUACCUCCGCCAGGGUUGCCAGCAGGUUGCCUAGCGCCCUGCAUCCAGAAAACAUGGGUGCCUGUGUUUCUCAGAGGGCAGUGGAAGAGAGAAAGAAUUUAAUUCCAGAGCAUGCCAAGUGUAUCCCCCCCAGGAGGGCAAGUGACAUUAAAAGCAUUCCUCGAGAUGGUUCUUUGGCUGUGAAGUUGGAACCAGGUGUGAUCCGCCUCAAGAGCGACACCACUUCCUUGAGUGUUCCCUCACCUCCAGCUGCCCAAGUGAGACCUCCAGUGAAUUCAGUUUGUAAAGUUAAUGUUGCGAAUCCAUCUUUUUCAUUACCCAGGACUCUACAUGAGCACUCGUCGUUCAAAACACCUGCUCUUUCUAGUCACUCUAAUUCAAAGAUCUCGACUUGGAAGCAGGAGGUCAGAUCCAGCGUGAGAGCUGGUGAUGGAGAUGUGCCCGAGCCCGAGGGUUUUCCAGUCAUUUCUUCUGUGUUUUCAUUAAGUCAACAGCCAGAGGGAGAGCAAGGCUCUAUUCAGCCGCUGGUAAUGGCUCUGCGUGGUAUAGUAAUGGAUAAAGCCAGCGGUUCUAGUGGUCCAGCUCAAGAAAACAUCAAGGUGACAAAGAGCACGGAGCAGGUGGAGGAGAUGCCAACAUCCGGCUAUGGUGCUCAGGUGGCCACAAAAGAUGGAUCCUUCAACCGUGACCUUUUACUGAAAGAGCAGACCAGUGAGUCUGUAAAAGUAGAGGAGCAUCAUAAGGGAGUUCAGCACCCCCCUGCACUGACUAACAGCAAUACCCACAUCAAGGAGGAAAAGAAAGGCAGUCCUUCAACUGACAAUAACAAAUGCAGUCACGUUCAUGAUUCAAAAUCUUCAACAGAUGAGGAAUCCGUUUCAAAAAUUCCCCCACAUUUAGACGCAUCUGAGACUGUGGACCCUCCGCAGAAAACGGCAAAAAGUGAGAACGACAUCUCAAAGUUCCUCACCGUCUCUCUGAAAAGGGUACAAGUAGGUGUGUGGAAAAAAAACAGGAAGGGACUGAAACUUAGAAUAUCCAGAUAUAAGACUCAGGGACGUAGGGGAAGUCCAAGGGAUUGCACAGUUAUUUACCCGACGCCACUGAAGAUGGACCAACUGGUGAAGCGGCCGGGCCCAAAUCAGCCUGUGGUGGUGCUCAAUCAUCCAAAGCCCCGGGCCUCCAUACAGGGAGUUAGAGCAGACACUUUAGCUGACAUUGGAGGCCCUGAGUUGGUUCCAAAGUGCCAGAUCUUAAAGAUGAGACUGGGCAAAGUGAUGGGCCAAAAGUAUGAGGUGACGGGGUGCACUGUUGGAGCCCUUCCGUGACUUUACCAGACAAUGUAUCUGAAGUGUACAUUUAUGAGGAGGUAAUUAGUAUUACAACUGUCAGAUGGUGACUUAAUAAACAAAGAAACUAUUAGGGCAGUUGUUUUUUUUAUGGGAGCAGUGGACAUUCUAUAAUUGAGCAUUCUGUUAUAUGAAUAUUGUUUAUAUUAUCAAGUGAUAAGGAAAGUUAAAGUGCAAUGCGGUUUGGCUGCUCUGUUCCAUGCACCAUGGACCAUCUGCUGUAGUAGAAACCGCAAUCAGUACCAUACAGUUGUUAACUACUGUUUCACAAGUUUGAGAAAUCGGUUGAUCAGUUAAGAGUUAAAUGCAUGCUGUUCACUUAAAAAGGAUAACAUACUGUUAUUGUUUUUUGUUUGCAUUCGUAAUGGUUUACUGUGGAUUUGGUCCGUCUUAAAUCCAACCUGAAAUGGUUGUGGUACACCUUAGAGGAUCAAAUUAGUUUGUGCCAUGCACAGAUCGCUGUUUUAAGGCUGGAAAAAUCGGUGGUGGGUGUCAUGUAAUGAACAAGUGUUUCGUGCGGGUAAGAUGUAGUUUUGUGUGGGUUAAACCUCGCACAGUAUUCACAACAAAAUCAAGUUACUCAAGGAAUAACCCCAAUUUGUCUGUUGUUAAUACUUAAAAGUAACAUAACAGUCUUAUGCAAGGAAAACUAAUUUUCAAAUUCACUGUCCCUCAACAUAUGUGGACACAGAGGCCUGUAGUUUUGUUUCUUCAACAUGAUCCCACUUUUCUUUUGUUGUUAUUCUUUAUUGGUUAUUCAUUUGUGUAGACAAAAUGCUACACCAAAAAUUAGGAGGAGCCGCAUCAAAAAAGUGGAACAUUUCACUGCUUUUAAUCCCGUAACUGGUCAGCUAGGCGUGUCUGGUUUCUAUUGCUCCUCCAAAUUUGACCUGAGAGCUUUCACUGUUACACGUGAAGGAGUGCUGUGCUCUUCAUGGUGUUUCAGUUGCUAGUGUAGUGGUGCAUUCAGGUACUGUUUGACCAUCUUAUAUUGUUACACUCUGGUAAAUUCCUUAUAUUGUUACACUCUGGUAAAUUCCUUGAAUGUUGUGGACCAGUGGACAACACUAGCAAGGUGUAAAUAUUUAAAGCUAAGCAUACAAACCACUUUUUGCUUUUGAAAACACUCAGUUAUCCCUAUAACUGGGUGAUGCAGAAGAAACAAAGUUUUUGCUUUCCAGUUGUCUUUCAUGUGCUGUGUUGUGUGAAAUAAACUAAACUUGGGAAUUGCAGGAUGUGCCCCAGUUUCCCCACCAGUACUUUGCUGGCCAGUCUUGGCGAUGAGCUUCAGUGGUUCUAACUAUUGCGAGUUACAUGGAGUGCCUGAAUGCACCGUUAGUUUUUGUUUUGGCGAGAGAGCUAAAAGCUGAGAUUUUGUUUUUGUUUCUUACCAACACGGGUGUUUGCCUUUAUGGAAUUUGAACAUCUAAUUAAGAUUAAGGUUAUCAAAAGUAUCUGAAGUAUUGGUACUUUUUCAAUACCAUGUGUUUAAAACAAUACAAUAUCCUUACUGAAGUAUCAGAAGUACUAAAGGUAUAAAAGAAAAAAACACAUCUGCAAUCAGAUAUUCAACUGCACAGAUAUGAAUUGUGUUUGGUGACUUUUUGUGCACCAGCAGUGUGUGCAGGGCGAAAUUCAACCCCAUUUGUGGGCGUAGGACUUUCUUGUCAUUUUUUUGUGGUAGUGAAAGAAGUAUUUUUUAUACUAGUAUUGUGUCAAAGUUUAAAAUUCUGGUAUAGUGACAACCUUAAUUAAAAUAUGUUGUAAUUGGCUUAUUUAAGGUACCAGAAAGAAGUAUUAAUGCAAAAAAAAAAAAAAUAAAAAAAAAAAAAAAUCAUCCAGGAGGAUUUUUACUUCUUGUGCUUUACAGUUUAUUUUAUGUAUUAACUUCAAUCCAGAGCAUCUUGCAGAAGAAGCUGAAGCUCCUCAAACGGUGGUGCAAUAAAAGCAGGACAAUUUGGUUCAUUACUGCCACGUACUUUUAUUUAUUUAUUUUUUUUGAGAAUUUUAUUUUACUGCCAUGUACAUACUCGGUGACUGUAGUUAUUCUGGGGACUUUAAAAACAUUUCCAGACUUGUAUAUUUUUCACAAACCACGAAAAUAGCACACAUGAUCAUCUGUCCACAUACUUUUCUGAUUUGUUUGCUCUUGUGACAGCAUUGCGACACCUGUGUGUUCUGUUUUGUAAUUUAAUCAUCAUGUAUGAGGUGCUAGACCUAUGAUAAAAUCCUAUAGGUUUUGGUUGCCUGCAGUUUUUACUGUGUAUAUAUGUUUGGGUCACCCACAGAUUUUAUUGUGUAAAUAUCUGUGAAUAUAAAACAUGAUAACUGGUGUUUAUACUCGGUAGGAAAUGGUUAACAUUCCUCAGCCUCUUCUCAAACAGGAGUUAUGUUGUGUAUUAACUUCCUCACACUGCGAGCUGCCGUACAGUCUUUGUCAUAUAUAAUUAUUUUAAAGUUGUUUAAGUGUGUGACAGUUCCUUCUGAAUGUUUUUUGCUUUGCUUUUCAUUCACUCAUUUGUGUGAGAAUUUGUCAUUUUCUGGUUAAAACUGAAACAGUUUUUAUUUUUCUUCAUACUCCGCGGUCAUUAUCAUGUUACAUGCUUUUAUAAUAACAAUUGUGUAUCUUCUCUCUUUUUUUAUUAAAAUGAUGUAAAUAAUCACAA